CCGGUCUUCUCCGCGAAAAGUUCACACAACCGGCGACAACGUCAUAACUUUGCGAAGUUCUUGAACUCUUCCAGUUCUUCCCAAAAAUCAAACCGACACGCAAGCUGUCGUGUCCAACUCCUAUCAGUUUCUGACUUAGAAUCGGCUCCGUUCCUCUAUUUACUAGUAAUUUUUUCCUGAAAAUGGUGAGACCCUCACAACGUCUCUGCUCCGGUCUGCGCUCCGGUCUGCGGGCCCACCUCGUCGCCCGUUCAGUUCCACGCUCACCCGUCGGCAGACGGAUGGCAAGUUCGCAUGCUGGUCACGGUGACGGUGGAAAUGAAAAAUAUUGGAGGAUAGGUGCUGCCUUGACAUUUGGGCCCGCACUUCUAUACCUUCUCUCGCCGGCCGCGCGUAAGACCGCACAUAAACAUACCGUUGAGCAUAUCCAUGAGCAUGAAGCCGAGCCGGCGUCAGCGGAAGCAGCACACACGGAUGAACCCCCGAUGACGGACGACGAGGGUACGGCGGUUUCCGGCGAGGAGAUUAAGGAGUCGAUUGAACACGCAAUUGCCGAGGAUUCUCCCACACAUGCUCAAGCACACGAAGAAGAGGUAGUCGCGUCAUCCUCUGCAUCAUCGAGCCAGCCCGAGUCCGUCUCGGAGGGUGAUAAAGCCGCCGGACCUGAACCGGACAGUGAUACAACACAGGAAUCCAAUCCCGGGCCAGCGGAGACGGACGCUGAGACGGAAGAUUCGCAAAAUGAGACGCCUGCAGAGGUGCAGAGUGAACCAGAAAAGCCUGCUCAACCCUCAGCUGGGGAAUCGUGAGGCCCAUAUUUACAGGCCCAGUUUGAGUAGAGGCGUCGUACAGAGAUGUGAUAGACGAGUGCCGACAUUGCGUAUUAGAGCAAUCGAUCAAUGGCUUGAGUGAUGAGUGACAUGUUUUUGCUUAUCUUGAGCUGUCAUCGCUGGGACCUUCGAGGGCCAGGGGCAAGGACCCAUACAGUGGUAACAUUCGAAUCUCACGGUUGUUGAUCGGUUGUGAGGUUUCCAGGGGGUUGAAAAAAAGCACACAAGUAUGGUAUUGCUGUGGGCCAUAGAGGGGUUUUCAUACCGCUGAUAAUAGGUUUCCCUCAAUAACCAGUUUGAAUGCGCGUUGCCAGCUAAGUUACUACAUGUGUAGGGUCCACCACUGACGUGAGACUGGUGCCUCCCAGACUGCAGACAUUUUCUGGAAGGGCCAUGCGUGCACACUGCACUACUAAC